AUGGAGCAGAAAGAGUCUACCAAGACCGGUAUUGGGACAGGUACUGGUACUGCAACUGGUACUGCAACUGGCAAUGAGACUCGCUCGCACGCCGUCUGCACUCAGGAGCAAGUCCGUUAUGAGUGCGGACAUUCGAAGGAUGGACGUUUUAUCAAGUGCAAGAAACAUAAGGGAAAACCAGACUUGAGAUGCCACAGCGGGAAGUUGGACUAUGUUGAUACAGAAUGGUCGUCACACAAAUGCCGCUGGUGUCUGGAUAGCGACUGA